GCUUUGCCUGCCUGCUUGCAUUCAUCGCCCGAUCUCCCCCGAGGUUGUGAGGUUACUAGGUUAUUUAGUACCUAGUGUAGCAAUGGCAGGAGCGUCACACUAAGGUUGUUUUGGGGUCCAAUUGAGCGGCUAGCCACUACCUAGUUAACCUAGUGUACUUCAAGUCGUUGUACGAAGUAUUUCAAGUUGUUAAAGCGUUUCCCAAGGCUGGCGGCUUCUUCUCCAGCUUCUUUAACACUGGCUUUCCCAUCUUCUCAUCAUCUUUCUUCUUUUCUUCAUCCCUAACGUAAAUUUUUAACCGUAUUUUUUAUUUAUUUCCCAUUUAGUUAGGUUAGGUACGCUUAUCACACUUUACUCGCGAAUUACAUCAUCCUCAUCCUCAUCCUCGUCAUAUGCAUCGACGAAGAGAUCUUCCGAGAUAGUGACUUGGGUAGCUAGCUGUUCAACAUGGCAGUGGCACGAGAUACCUUCAACCGACGAUCCCUUGGGCCUUCUUUGAACGCGCUUGUCAAAGAGGCCCGAGUUCUCAUGGUUGGCGCAGGCGGAAUCGGCUGUGAACUACUAAAAAACCUCGCCCUUACCGGUUUCGGUGAAAUCCAUAUCGUCGACCUCGAUACGAUCGACUUGAGCAAUUUGAACCGACAGUUCCUCUUCCGACACGAGCAUAUCGGAAAAUCCAAGGCCUUGGUAGCUAAGGAGGCAGCAGCCGUAUUCAACCCAAACGUUAAGAUCGUCGCGCAUCACGCCAAUAUAAAAGACGUGCAGUUUCACGUCGAAUGGUUCAGAGGCUUCAAUUUAGUAUUCAACGCGUUGGACAAUCUCGAGGCGCGACGCCAUGUGAAUCGAAUGUGCUUAGCAGCCGAUAUCCCUCUGAUCGAGAGCGGAACGACAGGGUUUAAUGGGCAAGUCCAGGUCAUCAAGAAAGGUGUUACAGCUUGUUAUGACUGCACCACGAAGGAGGCGCCUAAAACCUUCCCCGUCUGCACGAUUCGAAGUACGCCAAGUCAACCGAUUCACUGCAUAGUUUGGGGCAAGAGUUACCUGCUCAACGAGAUCUUUGGUACCAGCGAGGACCAAGCCGCCCUCGAUGCCAGCGAGAACGAAGAUAAUUCAUCAGAGAUUGCAGAGCUCAAAAAAGAGGCGGAGGCAUUAAGGAAAAUAAGAGAAUCGGUUGGCACGGAGCAGUUCCCGCAGAUGUUAUUCGACAAAGUUUUCAAUGCAGAUAUCGUUCGCUUAUGCUCCAUGAAGGAUAUGUGGAAGUCGAGAGAACCACCCAAGCCUCUCGAAUAUAAAACGUUGAUGAGCCAAGCGGCUGAGGCCCUCGAAUCGAAGGAUAAGAUCCUCAAGGAUGGUCAGCGCAUAUGGACUCUAGAAGAAAAUUUGGUAGUCUUCAACGAUAGUUUGGACCGCUUAAGUAAACGAAUGCUGCAGCUGUUGGCGACAAAUAGCGAUGAUUCUCAAAAGCCCACUAUCAGUUUUGAUAAAGAUGACGAGGACACCCUUGACUUCGUCGCCUCUAGCGCGAAUAUUCGGUCGUACAUCUUUGGGAUUGAAGCCAAGUCGCGGUUUGAUAUCAAACAGAUGGCCGGUAACAUCAUCCCUGCUAUCGCGACUACAAAUGCGAUUGUUGCCGGCCUUUCAGUCCUUGAGUCCUUCAAAGUUCUUCGAGGAGAAUAUGAUAAGGCACGAGAGGUAUUCUUGACACCAUUUGCACCUCAGAGAUUACUGGGGACGGAUCGUCCUCGAUUACCAAACCCGGAAUGCCCCGUCUGCAGCGCCUACACGGUCAAUAUGAAUGUUGAUCUAUCUAAGGCGACGCUCAACGAUCUAGUAGAAUAUAUUAAACGACAAUUGGGUUACGGCGAAAAGGAGUUCGCCGUCAAUAGUGAUGCUGGCUUGUUAUAUGAUCCCGACGAGACGGAUAAUCUUGACAAAAAUCUUCAUGAACUUGGCAUCAGGCAGAAUAGUUUUGUCACAGUCGUAGAUGAGGAUGAUGAGGAUACCUUCAUCAAUGUCGUCAUUAAUAUUCAAGAAGCCAAGCUCGUGGACAAACUUAUCGAGGGUCUUCGAAUUGAUCAGGAACCUAAUAUUCCUCGUCGGUCAAAGACUGUACUUACCAUUCAGAGUAACGGGGUUGGACAGACCAAUGGCAAGCGUACUGCCGAUGGAGAGCUCAAGGACCCUAAGAAGCGCUUGAUUGCGGAAGACGGGGUGUCUUCAGCAGCCAAGAAGGUGAAGAACGAUGACGAUGUGGUCAUUAUUGAUGAUGACGCCGGCACUGGUGCAAUAGAAAUCAUCGAUUAAAGCGUUCGUUGCCUUCGGGAAACGGAAACUUGAUGAAUUAUGUUGCACUUAAGCCUCCGUCGAUAUUGAGCACGCAGUUGUGUGCAUAGGGAUUUUGGGCUAGGAAUAACGCAGCAUCUGCAACCUCUCUGGCUAAACCAAGGCGUCCGAGAGGGAUUAGAGCCGAUAGCUCUCCAUUCUGAUCCAUAUCUAUAUCGAGUGUAUAUCAGUAAUCAUGUAUUUUGUCAGGGGGGUCGGUCAGGGAAACGGGUAUGACCAGGCGGUUGGGAGAAGAGAAAAAGGAAAAAGGAGACGAGGAAGGAUGAAAUGUCACCUUUCGUCAUAUCGGUCUUGAUAUAUCCAGGUAGGAGGACAUUGGCACGAAUGCCAAACCGGCCGACUUCCCAGGCGAGAGAUCGGUGCGUACCGACGAUGCCAGCUUUUGACG